AUGGCAAAAUUGCCGAGGUUACCCGUGCCAGACCUCCGGAAGACACUGGACCGCUACUUGCAGUCCAUUCAGCCUUUUCUGCGUGAAGACGAGGCACGUGGUCGCUCUCUCUUUGACGUCAGCUACGCGAAACGCGUUCAAUGGGCAGAUGACUUCGAGAAAGGCAUCGGUCGCAUUUGCCAGCGCAAACUCCAUGAAUUGGAUACUCGCUCGCCACACAACUGGCUAGACGAUAAUAUUUGGACGAACUAUGCCUACCUCUCAUGGCGUACCCCACUCCUCAUUAAUUCCAACUGGUGGCUUACAUUCAUCAAUGAUUCCUCCGUACCCGAAUCCAUUUUGUGCGGUGAUACUGCAUCAGGUAUAGAGCCCUGGCAGGUGCGCCGGGCCGCGUGUAUACUGCAUCGCAUCCUCGACUGGCGCGCCCGCAUGCUCAACCAGCAUCCAGACCCUGAUACCACCCGCACCGGUGUCUGGCUCCUCACUAAUACGGAGAAGAUGUUCAAUACCUGUCGCCUGCCAAGAGCUGGAGCGGAUGCCCUUGCAACCAGGAAUCCGGCAUCUGAGCAUGCCCAGGACGUCAUGCUCAUGUUGUAUGAUUUUGUGUAUACCGUAAGAGUCUGUGAGGAUGAUCGGACACCGUUACCUGUACAGACCAUUGAAAACCGUAUACGUGCGGUAGCACUGGACGUCAUCAAGAGAAUAGAGGUCGGGGAAAACGCUGUGCCGGUCGGUGUCUUGACGUCGGAUGACAGAAACCGUUGGACAGAGAACUAUCAACACUUACUCUCCCUUUCACCCACAAAUGCCUCCACCCUCCGCGCAAUUAAUGAGUCUAUCAUGGCUCUCUCUCUCGACCACUACACCGCCAUGCCAUGGGAUUACCCAACCCCUACCUCGCCAAGUUCUUCCCAAUCCUCUCGAGCAAGCGUCCCAGCAUUAGACUCCGACGCAGAAUUCCACGCACAUCUCCACAACACCCGCUCCCCUCCCCAAGCUCGGAACAGAUGGUUCGACAAGUGCCUGACCCUAUCACUGGAACGCAAUACGCGUGCUGGUGCAAUGGGCGAACACACUCCUGUCGAUGCGUUAGUGCCCAGCAUCGUCUUUGAAUACAGUGUCGCUGCUGGCAUCGACUCCUCAACAUUCUCAAAGCCUGUGCCACUCCCUCUUACUUUAGAAGAAACUCGUUUGAGAGACGAUGGUGAAAAGGGAUGGACCCGUUUGGAUUGGGUGACUGACAAGCAGAUUGAAUCCCAAAUUAGAGAAGCGGAAGGACGGGCUCAGGUCUUAAUUGAUAACUCUGAGGCAGGCGUUUUGGAGUUCGGGGAAUAUGGCGCUGAUUGGAUUAGCAAUGCCCGCCUCCCACCUGACGCCUACACCCAACUUGCACUUCAACUCGCCUGGUACCGCUCACGCGGGAUCCUCACAGCGACCUACGAGACCGCGCUCACGCGCAUGUUCAAUGCUGGCCGUACAGAGUGCGUGAGGAGUGUGAGUGUGGAAGGGUCAGAUUUUGUGCAGGCUGCCAAGGAAUGGGGACGUGGAGCUGGUUGUGUGGCAGAGGGAGGCCAACGUGAGGUGGAGCCCCGCGCACUUCUUCCCCUCCUCCAGCGUGCCAUCCAGGUGCACGCGAGGCGCACGAGGGAAGCUGCAACCGGACGUGGAAUCGAUAGGCACUUACUAGGACUGAAACUGAUGCUAGAAGAGCUCCCUGUGGAUGCAUCCACAUUCGCUUCCUCCUCGGAUUCUCCCUCGAGCUCAAGCACCACCUUCACUUCGGCAAUACCCCCGCAAAAACAGACGCACCCUCUCUUCACCGACCCGCUUUUCUCUCGCUCUCAGGAGUGGAAACUUAGUACCAGUGGCUUGAGCGCUGGGUACAACUUCCGAGGAACGGGCUUUGGAUCACCCUGGGAGGAUGGUUAUGGGAUUAAUUACCUCAUAGCACCGAAUCGCAUCAAAUUCUGCGUCGAGUCCAAAUUUUCAUCCCCGCUCACCUCCACGAACAAAUUCAAGCAGUAUAUCGCGGAUGCACUCCUGGAUAUGCGGGCGAUAUGCGAGGCUGGAGAGCUCGAGCUGAAAGGUGGAAAGAAUGAGUCAGUGGGUGGGGUAGAAACGCGGGUGCAGGCCCGAUUAUGAUCCUGAUAGCGUGGAUCGAG